UUCUCGACCAGUGAAGCUGACUCAGCCGAAAAGAACAGAUCAGUUUUCUCCCCUCGACGUUAAAAUCCAGAAGUAUACGCCAAUCAGAUCCUCGAAUCAGCAACUGCCAACGAGCGCUUCGUGUCCGGCUGAACGUAACCAUUACAAUAAUCGAAGCUCGUACAGUAGAAAAUACAUGAGCAAGAAUUAAACUUGCGGAAACACGGUACGCGCGUCGGAACGAAUAUCUGCGAAGAUAAAAGAAAGCAACGAGCAUGGCUGAGAAAUGUGCCGCGAAUAUUGACGACGAUGGAGAUUGUCCGGCGCCAAAGAGGGCCAAAUUGGCCACCGACGACGACGAUGACGACGACGGCAGGAAAAACGACUCGAUCGAGAAAGUGGACGGCGUGUGUGAACAUACGAAUCUGUCGGGUUUCAAAAUGACGAGGGUGCUUCAGAAUAAUUGCGCGCGUAAGCUGAUAUGCGUGGAGGGGACGUUUGAGGAUCGCGCAGACCCAGCUAUCGUUUUGCUGGAGCAAAAGAGUUUCCCCAACGAUGAGAUGUUCCUGAAGAAGGGCUUCUUCAGUGAAAAAGCGACUUAUCAGAAGAACUGUGCGAACGACGUCUAUGAGAAUUACGAUUGUUUCCCGGCCCAGGAAUAUAACAGCCUACACGCUACUGUGAUACAUCCUGCUACACCAACUCAAAUCGAAAAGUACAAGAGGCAGGAAUCGUUGCAUAUAGUAGACGAGACGUACGAGCUCUAUCAGCAAGUUACUCUCCCUUACAUAGAGUCUAGGAGCUUGAGUUUAGAGUGGAUAACUAAUAUUCUCGAGCACAAAGCUGAAGAAGAGAAUAUUAUUUAUGAGGACACUGACAAGGAAACUGGUUUUAUCCUAGUAACAGAUUUCAAAUGGGACAAACGGCUCGAUACAUUAAAGCUGUUAGCCUUGCCCUUGAAAAAGAUAAAAUCAAUAAGAGAACUAGAUGUGUCUCAUCUUCCUUUAUUAAGGAAUAUACAAAAAGCCGGGAUUGAGGCAAUUAGUAAAAAGUUCAAUAUAUCUGCCUCACAGCUUAGAAUAUACUUUCAUUAUCAGCCUUCUUAUUAUUAUCUACAUGUACACUUUUGCUAUCUCAUGUUUGAAGCACCAGGAAUAUACGUGGAGAAGGCACAUCUUUUAUCAACUGUUAUAAGAAACUUAGAAUUGAUGCCGGACUAUUACACAAAGGCUGUUCUCUCAUAUAUGGUGCGUAAAGGCAGCCAACUUUAUAAGAAAUUCCAGUCACACGGAGCCCUACCACAGGAUGCUAACGUAUAAAAUGCACAAGACUGUAAAUAGUGUAAAUGAGAUCGCUUUAUCUAUAAAAAGUAGAUAACUCGUAUUUUGUAUUUGUUUAUGAUGACAUGGUAUUGAUAUGUAUUUUACAUAAUUGUACGGAUUAUAGAAAUCAAAUAUAAUCCACAUUAUAUGACUUAAAAGUA